UAUACUUCGCAGGCGAGGGGCGACUGUGCGCGACGGCGGGACUGCGUCGACAAACACCAAUCUUAAAUCACCGGCGGAUUUGGUCCAAUAGAUUUGGACGACGACGGCGACGACGACGACGACAGCAAUAAAUAUCUUGGAUUCACUUUUCCCUUUGGAUUAACGAAGAAGAUUUUGAUACCCCUCAUCGACUGCGUCGAUUUCACGAUUCCCUCAAUUUACUCGAUUACCUGAAACGUUGGCUAAGGCUCGGGGCCUCAUUACGAUUAAACAAGAUGAUGUUCCUUGGGACAACGCGGAAAGCGGCAGAAAUUCAGCCGGAACAACAGUGGAACGCCAUUAGUUUACGGGAUUUUAAAUCGUCCUCAGUCUUUGCAUAUCUGGCCUAUGGCUACCUCUACUUCUCUAUCAUACUCUCUUUGGCUGUGUAUGGUGUCGAUAUCUUCACUGCCGUCAACUUGCUAGCUUUUAACCAAUGGUCAUCAUCCAUUGAGCCCACUCAGCUGCUUACUUUCGAUCAGACGAAAUGGAUUUUCGCUGGCACCAUUAUUGCCACUUUCGUCAACCUUAUAUUCGAGCAUUUCCGUGCUUGGCGUGUUAUGAAGCGAGGUAGCGUUGCUGAAUGCUACCUUGACACUCUAGCCGUCCGUCUAGAAAGUAUUCGUCUCGGCAAGGGUCAAGGCUGGAGGCGAUUUCUAGUUUUCGCAGAACUCACCAAAUCCAAGAAAGGAGCUGAAUAUGUGGCACUGUUCUCAUACUUCAGCUUGCAAUCAUGGAUCCGAGUACUCGUCUGCUCUGGACCUCGUCAAGCAGUGAAUGCAUUGACACUCUAUGGUGUUUAUACUCUCAACCUUACCCCCGAUGACGCUUCAUCAUUCGAGAGCACUAUCGGCGGUUUCUUUUCUAAUAUCCGGGCUUUAGCAGCGGAAAAUACCCAACAAGCUGUGAUCUUGUCGGGCAUGUUGUUUACACUAGUGAUUUGGAUUUUCUCCUUCUUGUUUCUUCUCCUCGGAAUAUUGUUCUACGUCUUCUUUCUUUGGCAUUACAUCCCCCGCCAAGACGGUGGUUUACACGGCUACUGUGAACGUAAAGUCAACAAACGAUUAAAGGGUAUCGUAACGAAAAAAAUUAACAAGGCUCUGGCUAAAGAGGAUUGGAAACGAACACACGCGAACGGCAAGGGUUCUAAAUCCACAAGCGAGCAAUCAAUUCUUGACCGUGAAGCGAGCCUGCCUUCAUUUAUGGAUGUGGAAAAGGGCGACGCGUUACCUGAGAUGCCGAUGUUGAGUCGAAACGAUACUAUGGCAACUCUACCUGUAUAUUCUUCACGACCAGGAACUCCAGGGAGCAUCGAACUGGGUUCAUUAGAUAAGAAGCGGCCGCUACCGACACGACAACCAACAAACGCCACUAGUGUAUCAACCAAUAGCUACUCGUCUCGCGCUCCCCUAAUCGCUAGUGCCGCUGACAUGGGCUUCGAUCGAUCAGCAUCGCCUGUUCCGACAAUCCCAUCAAUUAAUGGUUUACGUUCCCCCGAUAUGUUACCAUCUCGGCCUGAGCGUGCCCUCUCCCCGGCUUCAGGCCUAGGUGGGAUGAAUGGGCCAUCUCCGUACUCCAUGAACGAGCGGAGCCUGCCCAACCGCCCUCUCUAUAAUGAAGGCCGGCCUAUUGUAGGUUCUUCGGCAUACUCGAGUCCUGGUCCUCGUUCAAGUCCGGCGCAAUCCGGCUACCAAAACCCAGGGUUGAAUGGCCCGGCUUACCCACCCGCCCGCAGUGCCACAGGCCCACUACCUCGACAACAACGCUUCCAGCCUCAGCGAAAUAUGACGGCGCCGCAGCCCAUGCGCCAGGGUGAUUACCCCAGUGAUGUAGGAAUGAAUGCGGGCCAGAGGAAUUAUGGAGAUAGAUAUAAUUACGAUAAUUCAAGGUAUUGAUGUAUUGAUGUAUCAGAAGAUGUAAUCGAGCUUAGAAGGGAACGAAUUACUAUAGCCGAUCACGGCUACUGUACAAUAAAGUUUUAUUUUCCAUGGCAUUACGCCAGGUCCCUUGUGGGAUUUCAUUCGUGAAGUUAAAUGAAUUGAGGACUAAGUAGUCUCGAGAUGAUGGAGAAGAGGGCU